CAUUCGGCCGCCCAUGUCUUUUUCCCUCCCUCUCCCCCAGAAACCAUCUUCUUCUUCGCCAGGAAACCGUAUUUUCCCUGCCUCUUCCGUCUCCACCGUGACGCCAUCGCUCCCGCCAGCCUCGCCAUCGCCCGCGUCAGGCUCACCUUUGUCCUGUCGUUGGGUUGCCAUCCUGAACUACUGAUCAGGAACCCCGUCGUCAAUGACAUCCUCCCUCACCGCCCUCAACUAAUCUCAUAUCUGUCUCAAGCAAGAUCGUCGUAGCGUCGCCGUCAUGCGGCAUCAAUGUCGAUUACUAGAUCUAUCCCAGCAACACCGCCGUCUCAUCUCUUUUAGCCGUCAAAAUUGAAGGAUCUUUGCAACGUUGACGGGUCUCUUCCAGCCGUGAGAACGCCGCCAUCACGCAGCAGCAUCGAUCUCCUCUCCCCCCAACAUCUCUCUACGUUGGCGGAUCUCUAUAUAUCGUGAUAAUGAGAAUUGUUAUAUGCAGUAGUGAUUUUCCAUAUUUGUAGUAACGUUUUCUUGUUUAAUUAGUAGUAAUUUUACAUAUCUGAUUGAGAUUUUAUGGUAUAGCAGUGGUUUUUUGGUAACCACCUAUUUUAAUCACUAUAAAUUGCUACGUAGGAAAUAUAAAACAAUACAAGUAAAUUCCUAAAUUACUACUAAUGACAAUUAAAUUGCUACAAGAAAAGUCCGAAAUUACUACUAAUGACAAUUAAAUUGAUACGGGAAAGUCCCAAAUCACUACUAAUGGCAAUUAAAUUGCUACUAAAAAAUUCAUAAAAUACUACAGAUAAAAAUUAAAUUAAAAAACACUACUAUCAACCCCCAUAAUCUUUUUCGAUAAAAAAUUACUAACACACAAAUGAGAGAGAAAAUAUAUUUUAAUGUAUUAAUUAUUUCUAAUUUUGUGAAAUACCGAACAAACCCUUCAUCACUUAUCAUCGUCAGAUUCAACUUAAAAAAUGGACAGUGAUUAGAGCAUUUAUUACGGUGCUAACUCCUAUGAAGUUAGAACCCUAACCUCUCCCUUAGCGCCCAAUGUUCAAUAAUAAUAAUAAAAACGACUCUAAGUUUCCACAUUACGACAACUUUAGCCUAGUUAUUAAGUUAACAAUAAACACUAACGAUCAACUUAUUUAACAGUUAGUGACAAAAAAUGAAUGAUGUGAUUGUCGAGGGUCUUUUUACGAAAAUAUUAUAUUUUCUAUAACAACUUAUCAAUUUAAUGCAGUACUAUGAAAAUUAUUUCCCAAUUUGUGGUUUAUUAAUAUGAAUUGGGGGCACAUGCGCUUGGAUUAAAUUUGUUGAGGUGAAAAAAGCAUGGUUCAUGAAACCGUACCGGAGACCGUACCGGGAAAGUCAACGGUAGGGUAUUUUAUGGUAAAACCGUGGUUUAGCCGUAGUUCAACCGUUAUGCCGGUAAAUACCGCCUAUCAGUUUAGCCUCCAAUACUGGUAUUUCGUGAUUGAACCGCCGGUACGAUACAGUUUCAUGGACACUGAAAAAAGCGAAUUGGGGUGCAGAUAAGCCUUAUUAUCGCAUGGGAAGGCAAAUAGACUAUCGAUUAGGGUUUUCGGUUUUUGGAAGGGAGGCGACCGGAUAAAUACCGACGGGGUUCUAAAAAGAUGUUCCGGAAUUGCUGAUGGACCAAUUUGUUAUCAAUUUUAGGUCGGUUUUAGUCUAGAUUGGUUUUAGAUAUUAAAUUCAAUUUAUUUAUUAAUUGUUUUGAUGAGGUGGAAUGCUGACCAUAUAUAUCUAACCGAAAUUUGUAUGACGAAUAACAAAAGUGAAUAUUUUUUACAAAAUUAAACUUUUGUGCUCUAUCUUUGCAAAUUAAAGAUUAUGACCAUUUUAUACUAAGCGUGCCCGUUUAUGAUAAUUCCAGUUUCCAUGAAACCUGAUUUGGGCCUAAUUGCACAUGUUUGGCCGCCAUUUUACUUAGAUGUUUGUGCCAAAUUCGUUCCUUAAAGGUUGGUUUUACGCUAGGUUCUUCGUGUUUGAGUGUGUUUCAGGAUUUAACAGCGGAAACCCGCCUCGGAGUCGAAAGAUUGCGAAAGGACCGAAAACCGGGAGGAGAGGUGAAAAAGAGCCAGUUCACGGCUAAUUGAGGGAGUUCACGGUUAUGCAAGACCAUGAAGAAGAGGAGUUAACCAUGAAUCGCGAGGCGUCCAGAGCCAAUGUGAAGGUUACUAACGCAAGGUGAGUUCACGGUCACUAAGACCGUGAACACAAACCGUUGACCGUGAACAGACGUGAGCGAUGCAGAGCGUUUUGGCGCACACCUUGAGUUCACGGAUGCGUUUGAUGGUUCACGGCCGAGAACUCAGGCCAUGAACUCAGGCCGUGAACUCAGCUCUUCUCGGGGUUAAAAGAUGAGCUGAAAGGAGGAGAGAGGAGAGAGCCCACUGUUGUGUGAAACACCUUCUUCAGCAUUCUAGUGAGUGAAACAUAACCAAAGGGAAGAAGAAGGUUAGGGUUUGGCUUCAAGGCAGAUUUUGGGGAGAUUUCCCCCAAGGAAAACUCAACUCAAGGGUCAAGAAGAGGAGGGAGCAUCCUCAAGAUGGUUUCCACCUUUUCCCCUUUAGUUCUUCCCACUUCUAGCAUGGAGUAGACCUCCUUUCACUUGGGUGUAGUGAAACCCUAACUCUACCAUGUAGUUUUCUUGUAUGUGUUUUGGAUGAUUGUCAUUGGGUAUUGUUCAAUUCAAUGAUUGAGGCAUUAUUCACUAUGAUUGUGUAUUCUUGUGCUUAGCAACUUAGGGAUUGUGCAUGUUUUGUGCUUAGCAUCCUUAGGUUUGUGCAUUUAGGUGCUUAGCAACCUAGGGAUUGUGUAUAAUUGUGCUUAGCACCCCUAAGUUUGUGCAUUUAGGUGCUAGUAAUCUAAUUUGCCACCUUAGCCUAGUUUAGAGAGGAAAAUCCCCCUUUCAAGGGAGACUCAAUCGAGUUGAUUUUCCUUCCGCUUUCUAAGCGAUAUCUAAAUACUUGCCCUAUACUGCACCCGAUUAGAAUUUAAAAACUUGGGCUCUAAUUAUGAUUUUAUUGUGGUGUAGUUUCGUGCGAGUCAAACCGUACCGUACCGGUGGUUCAACCACAAAAUACAAAUAUCGAACUAUUGUUAAACCACAAUUUUACCAUAAAAUACUCUACCGCUGACUUUUCCGAUACGAUCUCCGAUACGGUUUCAUGUAGUUAGAUAAAUAUCCUUUUAACACAACCUUCGCUUCGUAGGCUUAAAUUCUCUAUGUAGUGGCGGUGACUGGUGAGCGGCUUAGCCUCCGUCUCGAACUCUAUUUCACUUUUUCAGUUUAAUUUUGUUUGUUUUUUUCUCUCCUUUUUCUUGCUCAUUUUCCAUCUGUCCCCGUCAAAACCGACCAUUCCUGAGUUUAGCCUCCUCCCGCUGUUCUCUGAAUGAGCCUUCACCGCCGCAGCUCCACUCCACCGGCGGAUCUCUUUUCAUCACCGCCGUCUACCGUAGCGGGCGCCCCCCCCCCCCCCCCCCCCCCCCAGUUUCUCUCUUACCAACCGGUGAGUGCCCAUUUGACUGUUGUCUCUUUUGGUAUAGAUUUCGCUUUGGGUCGCAACCUGUCUCUCGGUGGCCGUCUCCCUUCCCCUCCUUAUCUGGGUUUCAUUUUGAUUUUUGGGGCAAUGUUGAGCUACUGCUUGAAAAGGGAGACUCCUACGAAUCUUGCUCGUCGACUUUGCUUCAAAGUGAUUGUUUUGCUUUUGCAUGUAUGAAAGCCUUUACUACUUCUAGAAAUUCUACUGCUGUGAAAAGUUGGACUUAUCUUUUCCUUCUCAUUCUUCAUUCCCUGCUUUGAAUUUCCUUUUGUCUAGUUUUCUUAGUUUUGCAAAUGAAGCUUGUGUCUUUUGGCUGCAUUUGUAGUCUGUUUGGAGAAGUGUAAAAGAAAAAAGAAAAGGAGACUAGAGGAGAGACCUUUUUCAAUACAUGGGGGGAAUGAAAUUACUGGUGAUGAAACGGGAAGCUAGCUGAUCUGUAUAUUCUCCUUGUUUUGAGUCUGUGACUGUUUUGAAUUAACAUCAGGAAAAGGCAAAUUUAAUGUGAUUAGCCUUUCCUAUCUAUCCUUCUUCCUUCCCCUUUCUUUAAUCUUUAGCGGAGACAGGAAAAGUCAAGGCUGGGAUUUGGGUUAUAUACUUAUAUUAACCGUCGGAACGAUGCUGAGGUUUAAGAGGGCAAUGGUAUUUGUGUUGCUGUAUACUCUUAAGACUUUUGAUUGACCAUGGCCAAGUCAACAUGUAGUCUCCACUCGUUAGUCGGUCUUAUUACAGGAAUCUAACAUUAGAUUUCAUUGAGUGUUAUUAAUGGUAAGAAUUUUGAUGCUGAUUUGUGAAUCCGCUUGGUUUGGGAAACUAGGUUAUUCAAAUUAGGACGUGGGUGACAUGAAGACUGGUAAACACCAGGAAACAAGCAGAAGACAAGAGAAAGAAGAUCAUGGAAGUGUGGAAGGAGAUGUUGCCAAGCUCUCGGAAGGAAAGCCCGGGGAUGUGAUUUGGACCAAGCUUUCUGGUCGUACAUGGUGGCCUGGACUGGUUCUUGAUGAAGAUGCGGUGGGUAGACGGAACAAACGUGGAAAGCGAUCAGAAAGAGAUGUUCUUGUUAGACUGUAUGGAAGUUCUAAACAGGUUUAUGUUGAUCCUAUGAAAUAUCGUUCUGAGUUUGGUAAUAUACUUGAACGGAAUAAAGGCUGCUAUCAUGAUAUAUUCUGGGAAUCUCUGAAAAAGGAGCUUCCCGAUCUGGAAUCUAAUGGUGCUGAAGGAGCAGGAAACGGGCAAGUUGAUGGCCCUAAACUUAAGGAGACAACUACCUCAAACAAUGAAGUGGCGGUUUCUCCGAGGAAUUCCAAGAAAGAUGGGAAACAAAAGAAACUGAAGCCAGAUGAUGCUGGAAACAAAACGCCUAUGCACCAUCAGGGUGGAAAUCUUGGCGGAGAAUCUGAAGAACAGACAGCACGGCGAGUAAAAGUCAUGCAAACGCUUGGUCUGGUUCGGCCUUUUGGGUCUCCAUUCUGAAGCUUUCUGGUUGGAUUUUGGUGGCAAUAACCUUUCGAGACCCAAUUAAUCUUUUGCUAGUAGUAAAGUGUGCUGUCAAAGUCUUCAUUCGUUAACUUACCUGGGGAUAAAAUGUUUGUUUAGCUAAUCAUAGGUGCGCCCUGGCAAUGGCGUCCAUAGCUUAUGACAGAAUUCAGUCAAACUCAAACGAUGUUUGUCAUUAACACUUUUUAACAGCACUUGUUCUGUGCCUACAUUUUGAGACUCACUCAACUGAAAUUGUGAAGAGUUCCUUUCUUUCUCAUACAUUUGGGGAAAGAAACUGUAACUGAAGAUCGCAGAGACCAUUCUUUCGUGUGCCAAAUGGCCUCUCUUUUAGUGAACUUGACUAUUAUAUACAUGCUAGUAUGCUACCAAGAAUUCAACACAUGCAUUCAAAUUGAAAAGAUGAUAGUUCAUGUCAUAACUCUCAUUUAUUAAAUCUAAGCUGACACG